GGAAGUGCAGAACUGCAAAGUUUGAGAAGGCGAAUUUACACUUAGAAGUCUUAGAGAUAGGCAGAUCUUUUUUAGUGAACACGGUAAAUGAAAUUUGGUUUUGAAUGGAUCUGCCAGAGGAGAUCCUUGCACAUAUUUUUUCUUUUCUGCCUCUACAUGACAAAUGCAAUGCAUUUACUGUUUGUAAGGCAUGGUCUAAUACAAUGACUCAUCCAAGCUCAUGGAAAGACACUGAAGUCAGGUGUGAGUCAGGAAACAGUUUGCCUGAAAGAUUUUCUGAUCUUCUGCCACUGGUCAGAAAUUUGAAGCUGAGUAUGAGUUUGACAGAUCCAGCCAAUCGUAAAACAGGACUAUGCGUCCUGCGACAGGCAGUUGCUGGGGGUGAAGGACAGCUGGAAGCGCUUUCCAUCUGUUGUGUGGGGAACCCGCCCCUCUUUUAUGCUGGUCAGGAUCUGCAGCAAGGCUUAGUUGACAUACUGACGAAUGGCUCGUCUCUUACUGUGCUUGACCUAAGGGGUGUACCCUUCACCCUCAAUGACUCCUUCAUCAGGAGUGUAUCCAUGCUUUGUCCAGCUCUGAAAAGUCUUUACAUCAACAACCAUUCUCUAGUGUGCGGCGUCAACGCAGAAACACUGAGGCAGGCACUGAAGUGCUGUCCGUCACUCACAGUUCUUGGAGUUUUUCAGGCCAGUCUCUCUGAAGACGUUUUGAAAGACCUUAUGUUGCCACAACGUCCAGCGCUAAAUAAACUGGAGCUUCGUUGUGAACGCUCACUCAAGUACACUCCACCUCUCUGUGACCAAAUAUGGUCAGAGGUAAAACGGAGACACCCAUAUCUGUGGGUGGAGCUUGAGCUGGACCACACCCUCCCAGAAUUGCACGUUCCAGGGGUACUGCAGCCCAGCAUCCCAGUCCGAUGUCUACGCCUGCUCACUUGGACAUUGCUGUUGGAUGAAGUUCAUCUAGUACAGCGGAGUUACGCAAACACACUCGAGGUUCUAGAGCUGCAGACACCUCCAUCUCCUGAGCUAAACUCUGCUCUGGUAUCUUUAGCAAAACAGUGUGUCAAGCUGCGGGAGGUUCACUGUUUUUGCGUAGUCUCACAAGAAGUGAUAACGGCAUUCAUCACACACUGUCCAAAUCUCAGCAAAUAUACACUCAAAAUAUAUAAAGAGCCUCACCCUUGGACCUGCACAAAACUGAAGUAAUUCUACGAAACAGAUUGCAGUGUGCUCUGCUGUGGCUAAAGUGUUUUUGCACAUGCUUGAAAAAUGUAACUCAUGAAUAUAGUCUCUACCUACAAAGUUUUCAAAUUAAAACAAUGUCAGCAAAUUUUUAAGAUUUAGCACUUUAUCCAGUUUACUUCAUUAAGUAGAAAACUCAUAUUCAGCAGACUAUAAAUCUUUUUUUAAU